GAACGCGCCCGGCUACGAAGCCAUCUCGUACCGAUGGGGCAGUCCAGAGCUGUCAAAGGUCGUCAUCUAUCUUGGUGAUGCCCCUGACGCAGAACGGGCCAUGAAUUUUUUGCCCGUUUCUCGCAAUACACGAAGCUUAGGUUCGAGUCUACUCAAACAAUGAUGCCGAUGUUCGAGGCCUUGUUUCCGCAUCUGAAUCCUCUUUAUGAUCGGGCAAGCCGUGAUGCAUUCCUGCGCAUGGUUACCCACGACUAUUGGUCUAGGACUUGGGUCAUCCAGGAAAUCAUCUGUGGAAAGCAGGUGUCCAUACUCUAUGGUGAGCACUACGUCGACUGGGAGUUGCUAUCUUCCGCUGCCUUUCUUCUGAAGACGAAAAAAGACAUGUCAAACAUGCUCCUGGAGGGCUUUGAUGAGGCAAGAAGCGCCGUGAUACUAUCGGCAGUUAGUUGCAUAUUCAGUGUACGGCUACUUCAAAGAGUACUGGCUUCGGGAUCACAGCUUCCCCUUUCUACCAUCCUACUGAAUACAGGUUAUUCCGAAGCUUCACUGCCGCAAGACAAGGUUGUUGCCCUUGUGGGCCUGAGCAGUGAUGCUGACCACCCUGACCUCCAACCCAACCACGAGCUGGCAGUUGAACAGGUAUACCAAAAGGUAACGACCCACAGUCUCCGGCAAGGUAGCUUUGCUCUUUUGAGUAUUGCAGGUCUAGCCAACCGCGAACUUUACGGGUCAACAAUCUCUGGCCUGCCUUCGUGGGUCCCAGACUUCUCCUCAUCUGGUCUCCUGCCCAGUCUUGACCAUCCAUUUUGGCCAUACCGCUCUGGAGGACCGUGGGCAGAAGCAAAUAUCGUGAUUGAAAACGAAUACGAUGCUCCACUCCCUAACCGUCUCGGUGUGAAGGGCAUGGUUAUCGGACGCAUAGCUGUCAUGUCCACGCUCCAUGUCCAACCAUCCCGCUGGAAAGCGUUCAGUCUGAGUGACACUAGAUCUACGAUGGAUUGGUCGAGUCGCAGUGCUAAUGAGGGGUCAAUAAACUACAUCGGCGAGCAAUUACAACCGGAAUCGGACUUUCACUACGAAAUAUGGGAGAUGGUUCCGGCACACUGCCCAGAGCCGUACCUAUUGCCAAACGGGGUCUCGAUGCCACUCCAUGAAGCGCUCUUCCGGACAGUGGUGGGGAACAUGGACAUGGAACACGAAAUAACGUAUCCGGCACCCGAAGAAUUGGGGAGAGGGUAUGCGGUAUUUCAAAGUGCGUGUAAGGCGCUGAGAAGAGGAGACUUCGCUUCAAGGGUAAAGGAACUUCAAGCGAAUCGGUGGGACUGGCACUGCUUUCACAAAGUCAUAUCCCGGAUGAGGAAAACUACCUGUCCCUUUGUAGUGACAGAUGAAGGGCACAUGGGCGCCGUAGUAGCUGGUGCCAAAGUCGGAGACCUCGUUUGCAUUUUCCGUGGGGCGAAAGUUCCUUAUAUCCUCCGCCCUAAUAAGGAUGACGACCAAGGAACGAUGCAGCUGGUUUGUCCUUCGUAUAUACACGGUUUCAUGGACGGCGAGGCGAUAGAGUGUGGAAAGUAUGAGGAGACAUGGAUCCAGAUUGUCUGAUGAUCUAUGGAUAUAAACACCUUCAGCGUGAACUUUGUGCUACGGUUAACACAUGGCAAGCUGUUGAACCUGGGCCUACUUGAAGCGGAGAAUACAAACCUCUUGAAGAAUGGUUGCGAACACGUGGGGAGUGUUACCCUCUGUUCAACGAAAGGGCCUUCGUAUCUUAGCUUCACGUCACCCAAAGCUGGCGAAACAAUGUGUUCGGUCCCGAGUAGUAACCGAAGACAGUUCGUUAACAGCUUCCAAGUUGUUCAGGUUCACAAGCAGGCCAAUCGAGAGCUUUAUCUUCAAACUCCACGGAUCUUCCCGGCGUUGCAGCCUCAAGUCUCGUGCAUGAGAUCCGAAUAUCGUUCGAAAGAAGCUUCUGCUAGGAAAGUUUACGCU